AAACUUGUAUUUUAAAAAAAGUAUAUUUUAAGAUAAACUUGUUAAAUUACGGAUAAAAUUCGUGUGACUCCUUUUCAAAAAUAAUUGCUUCCAUCCUGCCGACAUAAUUAUAUUUUAUUGAUAAAUAAUGAUAUUUUCUGAAUUACAAUUUUGUAUAUAAAUCAAUUAAUUAAACAGAGGGAUAAAAUGUAAGAAGUCAGAAUUUAAAAUAGCAUAAAAUUAAAAUUAAUUUCAAAAAAGUUUUGCGAUUUGGCAACACUAAAGAUAAAAAGGCGGAAAUUUUGAUUCAAAAUGGAAGAUCUAUCGAACUCUAAUCUUUCGACAUCGGUAAUUCAAGAGUUUAACGAGGCAGAAUACGAAGCUCAGUUUUUUGGCUUUCCUACUAGAGCAUUUACCGAUGGCAUGUAUAAUGCGAUUUAUGAUUACACUCGGAAUUCGCUGAGCGAAGUUCAAGAACAUCUCUCGCAGAAGUAUGGCGAUGUAAUGACAGAAGAAGAGAUUAAAGUCGGAUCAGAGUCUAUUCACCAACGUCUGACAGAAUACUUAAAUAAAGCCUUUGAUAAAUUAGAAGUAUAUUUAAUGGCAAAUGUUCUUCAUAUUCCUGAAAAUGUAAUUUUACCAGAAGAUUCUGUUCAUCAGAACUCUCAUUCUGUUGAAGAUCAUAACCAUCUCUCACAAGAAAUUGAAACAUUAAAACAGAAAAUAAUUCAAAAUCAACAAAAGAAAGCAAUUUUAAAACAAGAAUUAGAUGACCAAAUAGUUAUGAAAGAGAAAUUAAAAGAAUUUUCUGAUUAUUUAGACAAAAUGAAAGAAAUUGCUAAAUCUAAUGGAAUUGAGACAUUUAUGUUUGGAGUAAACAAAGCCAAUGAACUUGCUACUGCUGUCAUUUCAUUGGAACAAGCAUCGUUGAAGUAGAUAAAAUGAAAUAUUUUCCACUUCAUCAUCAGAAUUGUAUAAAUAAAACUCUUAUUUUAAAUGUAGGUGAACAGACAGAUACAUAUAAAAUAAAAUCUUCACAAAACUUAUUCAUGCAAGAUAUUAAACAGUAUGUGAUUGUGAUAUAAGAAUUUAAUCUUAGGUAGAAUAAUAAUAUUCUAAAAGCAAAUGAUGAUAAUUGUAUUGUGUAAUGUUCAUUAAGAAUUUUAACAUUAGUUUAUAUAUAUCCUUUUUGCAUAUUUAUGUCUGAAAAUUGUUUAUUAA